AUUUACUGACUGUUUUGGUUUGAAAUUAAAGUAAAAAUCUUGAUUGACAUUUUAAAUCGACUAAAAUUUUUACCGAAUUUCGUUUAAAAAGUUUCAUUCGAUCUAUGCGGUUAAUAAAAGUGGCGAAAAAUUAAUUUGUGCGAAAAAUGACAUGACUCCGUUGGCUGCCCUUUUGUGUCUAAAGACGCAGCGCGCAUGUCUCUUUAUAUAAAACAUGGCCGGUCGUAGCGGUUAUGACGAUAGAGACAACAGAGAUUACGGUCGCAGCCGCGGCGGCGGAGGCGGCGGGGGCGGCAGGAAGCCCCUUCCCACCGAACCGCCGUUCACGGCCUACAUAGGCAACCUUCCACCCGGAGUUAUACAAGGUGAUAUCAAUGUGGUAUUCGAAUCAUUAAGUGUCAAGAACAUAAGACUUGUCAAAGACAAAGAGACAGACAGGUUUAAGGGUUUCGGUUAUGUGGAGUUUGAAACUCUCGAUGAUCUAGAACAAGCCAUAGGUAUGAACGGAGCGAUCGAGAUCGACAAGUACAUAGUUAAAAUUGACGUGGCCGAUGGGAAACGAAACGACCGGGGCGGCGGUUUCGAUAAGGGCGGUCGGGGUCGCGGCGGCCGAGGCGGCGGUAAUCCCGGCGGAUUCCGCGGAGGCGACAGGUUCGGCAGUGACGAUUUCGAGGGUCGAGGUCCGCCGAGAGGGAACUUCAACGAUAGGGACAGAGGCGGUCAUAGAGGGAACUACGGAAACUUCGGCGGCGGUAAUGACGAAGGACCCAGAGGUGGUGAUUGGAACCACGGCAGGAACCGGGGGAGUAACAAUGCCGGCGGUUUCGGGGUUGGCGGCGGACCCGGCGGUGGGCCUGGUGCUGGAGCCGGUCCUGGCGCCGGUAACCCCGGCGGAGGUAGACCUCGUCCGGACAGGAGAAGUUUUUCGGAAGAUCUCCCGAAUCCUGCGCCUGAUACAUCUGGUAGACCGAAAUUGAAGCUAUUGCCGAGAACUGUUAAGGAUCCGGUUAAUGCGAUAGUAGAAUCGGAAAGGAGCGUAUCAAUUUUUGGAGGCGGCAAACCUAGGGAAGAGAAACCUCCGACAUCAGAUGCUAAAAAUGAUUAACUUGUGUGUCUCUUGUUUUCUCUUUUUUAAGUUAUUGUGAAGAUAAUAAUUUUUACAUUUAUGCAGAAUGUAACCCUAAAUAAAAAAGGUAUGUAUGGGGAUUUUUUUAAAAUUGAACUAGAUCUUCAUAUUUGAUUGUUUUUAAUUUUUUAAUUAAGUCGAUGAAAGAUUAAAAAAAAGUAAAGAGAUAUUCUUCAAGUUGUUCUAUUAAUGGAUUUUUAUGGCUGCAUUUUACCUGUGUUAUUUAGGAAAACUGGUGUUUUCAUUGUCUUUACAAACACCGCUAUAGAAAUUUUCGAUUUCUUUUUUUUUUUUGUUUAUUUUUCCAAUUUUCUUAAUCAUGGUUCUCUCAAAGCAUACUAGUGUAGUUAAUGUAUAAUGCUGCAAUCUGUUUAAAUAACUGCCUUUUGAUACUUUUCUUAUUUUGUACUUAUUUGUAUUCCAGGUAUUUCAUAUCGAAAAAUUACUUCGAUUUAUUUACGCUUAGAGACAGGGUAGCUAAAUAUUGAAAAAUCAUGCUAAUACAUCGAAACGUUUUGAAAAUUGAUUUGGUUUUUUUGUUAUUUUUAGAUUGAUACCAUAAACAACAGAAAAUAAAAUAAAUCUUUUUAGGGAUUAGUUAUCUCAAUUACACUAGUUUGUAUAAGAAAUACUAAUUUAUUUUAAAACAAGCUUUAGGAUAAUGCAAUUUGGUUUAUUGUUAUUAUUUUGUAAAUAAUUCCUAUCCGUCUUUUGCAAUAAAGUAAUCGUGAAUUUUUCUUUUUUGAAUGUACGCUUUUUUAUGUAUAUACUGAUUUAAUAGCUAAUUAGACUUUGUUACUUUUCUUACAUUAAACAUGAAAAUAAAGCCAAAAUAGGGAUUGCAAACGUUUAAUUUCAAAAUUUCACUCAACGCUGCUCUAACGGCGUCUAAACUAUCAAUAUUUCAUUAAAUUAAAUUGAUUGCGCGCACUAAUGAAACUUACGUAAUUAGUAUUACGAUUACGGGGAAUUUUGGAUUCAGACUUAAAUUCUGAUCUGUUUUUAUUGACCCCACUAUGGACAAUGAAUUAAAUGAGCAAAUUAGGUGUAAUUUGAUAAGUUUCUUUCAAUAUACAUUUCUGGUAUGUUUUGGAGAAGCUUCCAAUUGAAGUCGACUUUUAAAAUAAUAUGUACUAUUGAACCGUGGCAUUGUAAAAAUAGAGAAGAUACGAUAUGUGUAUCUUAACUUUUGUAUGUAUAUUUAAUAAAGUUUUUACAAUGCUAUUUUGGACGUUGUUCGCACGUAAAGUGUGGACGUGCCGUCGAUGUGUAAUAUAUUUCAA